GGCACUCAUGAGGGAUCUCGAGGUGGAUAAAAAUCUUGGAGAAGGCCCACCAUUUGCGUUUGAAAUAAUGGCUUCGCAAGAUUAUUUGACUGACUUGCCAAGUUCUUUUACACAAAUCGGAGAGACAGCCUCCAGCUGCUACACAUAUGUUUAUUCCACUGAGCAAACUUCAUCUCCUGGGAACAAGAACACGCCUAACACUGUUAAUGGUUUUUACUCCAGCAAUUCACUUGUACCUGUACAACAGAGUGGUCCUGUUUGCGUUGUCCCUAACAAGGGCCUUGGUUUAGUUUUAAACAAUGGCAAAAAUCUUUCUAAUAAAAGUAGUGGAUGCCCACUGGUGUUAUACACAUGUAAUGUGACUAAAAAUGAAACAGAACUCUCAACUCCAGUGAGUAAAAAUAUUAAGCUCCCUCAAGGCACAUACAACAAAAGCAAAGAUGUACUUGUAGGUGGCACAGUCCUUGAAAGGUCUUCUGAACUUCCUUUCUCUGGUGCUCAAUGUUUCUACAACAAAGAUUUAGAUUCUACAGAUUACCUGGUUACAAAAGUGCCAAGCACUGUCACUGUCUCCUCUUCUCAUCAAAAUAAUGGAAACCAGUCGUUGACCCAUUAUACAGGUGCAUCUGUUCCAGCUCAUAUACAGCCAGUGAUUUAUUCUGAUGGUUCCAGUGAAAAGAUUGUCUUGACGCUUGCCAAUUUAAUGAAAACGAUGCCAGAUGUAAAAUAUAUCGUUCAAGGAAAGUCUUUCCAACCAGCGGCUUACAUGUACAUGUAUGUGGGAAAAAAUAAUAUGAACGCAACAAGCCUUCAUCCUCCUAACACCUCAAGCUUUGGUGUCCUUUCCAGCCAUGGUCCUAAGCUUGUGAACAGUGAAGCAUGUGGUCAGUUGCCGGUCAAUGACAUUGGUUACAAAUGCCCUAUGUGCUCUGUUAGAUUCAAUUCAGAAAGUGAUCGCAGUCUGCACAUUCAUAAGAUGCAUGGUAAGAAAUGCCCUUAUUGUACAGAAGUGUUCAGCUCUACCUCAGGGCGAUGUUAUAGAAGUCUAUUGAAGCAUGUUGUUUUGUGUCACAAAGACAAAGAUCCUUGUAGCGUGGCCCACAAGUCCACCAUAGAAAGUGCAUUGCGAGGUGCAAGUCCAGGUUACUUUCGCUGUUGCCAUUGUGUUGAAGAGUUUGAUUCACUGAGAGGCUGUUUGGAGCACAGGGUUUACAGCCAUAUGGUGACAGAGUGUUGGAUUUGCCAAAAGACGUUUUCUAAUGUGCAGAAAAUGCGUAUUCAUCUAAAAACUCACACUGGUGAAAAACCGUACGUGUGUAAAUUUUGCUCCAGAUCUUUUUCUAACUCGACUUUAUUGGGACGUCACGUUAGAAUGCAUACCGGUAACGUUUUACAUUGUGAACAAUGCUCUUUUACCACUGUGAGUAAAUUCCAAUUAGAAAUUCACGUCAACAAACAUACAGGUGUAAAACCAUACAAAUGCAGGUACUGCUCCAUGGCAUAUGCUGAUCCAUCUCGCCACAAAAUUCAUGAACGAUCUCACACUGGUGAGAAGCCAUAUGCUUGUGAUCAGUGUGAUAAAGCAUUUGUUGAUAAAUACAGCCUUGUGAGGCAUAUCCGCACACACACUGGAGAGAAGCCUUACAAAUGCAGUUACUGCAGUAAAGCCUUUGCCCAGGGAUGUCAGCUGCAGUUCCAUGAGAGGACACACACUGGAGAGAAACCCUACGAGUGUUCACAGUGUCAAAAGAAAUUCAGCCGCCGGCAGGAACUGAACAAACACAUGGUGACUCACGAGAAAACAAAACAGAACACUGGAACUAAGAGGAAAAUGAUUGACAACGAUUCUGACUCAGAUGACUCAGAUUGUGAUUAUGCAGAUGAAACGAAAAGUGUCAGGGAAGAAGACAGAGCUGAAAGACUGGCAAGUUUAAGAAGUGCACACAAUUAGCCCCAAGAAACGUUGAUAUAUUCACGUAUUGGAAUGAAAUGAGUAACACUGUCAUAUCCAUGUGAGCAUGUGAUAUGUUCAUGUUCACUCUGUUCACAACGAAAACUGGACGGUCCCUUUACAGACCCAAGAAUACUUGGCGUACAACAGUAAUCUUCAUUAUAUAGACAUGUUAAAUGUUAUUAUUAUAUAAUUUUUCAAAGUGGCAAUUGUGUUAGAAGGUAAAUCGACCUUCUGUUUAUUUUCAUGUGUCUUUUCAAAAGAGUGCAAACAUGGCGUGAAAUGCAGAAAUUUAGAAAUGUUUGUUUGGGAAUGAUGGCGAUCUGAAAUUUCUGUCGCGGACACUCGUGGAAUAUUCAGUGUGGCAGCUGACAGUAAAACAUGGAACUGAUCGACUUCAGUUGAGGGAUUCUAAUGCUGAUUUCCUGAACGUAGUGUAGUCGUUUACGUUCCUGACUUUGACAUAGUGUAUCGGACAUAUACACGGACAACUGAAUUCACAACCAUCCGGACAUCGUAUUUUUUCAGGAAAAUCUGUUGCAAAGUGUCAGAUGUUUACAGAUAACAUGAAUAUUUCAGCAGUCAAAUUUGCUAGAAAUUGCAAUACAAGUACUAUGUUCGUCACAUGUUUUUCACACCAUGUUUGCACCUGUGGCCUUCAUCAACAUGACGUUCUCCUUGGAUUAAGUAAGCAAGCUCAGCUAACUGACUACCUAAGAAAAAAAUAUCCUUGUUCAUUAGUCUUUUAAAAUAAUUUGUUUAAGCCUGCAAAUGUUCCGGUAAGAAACCAAAUUUGAAAGAAGGAUUCUAUUCCAAUGCCAAAUGAAGAAAUUUUCUCUCCUUUUUUAGACUAUUUCAGGUCAUUGGUAGUUUAGGAAGACCUCGGAAGGGGUCAUAGCAGAAUAUAUUGUUAGAACUGAAAUUACCUCUCAAGUAAUUAUUAAUUAAUUAAUUUAUUUUUAUAUAUAUAUUUAUUUAUUUAUUUAUCUGUGUAUUUACUUAUUUAUUCAAUAUAAAUAGUUUAGCUGCGCUGUUUAUGUACUUGUAUCUAUAAUUGGGCACGUUACACAGGGCAAAUCUUAACCAUUGUGAAUGCCAGAUGUGAAUGAUUGAAACAUUGCCAGAAUUCACAGGCCCAUAACAUUGUUACGAUGAAGAUUGUUUUUGAAGCUGGACACUUUUCUAAGCCAUAACACAAGUCACCGUGACAUGUCUUGACAAUCGUAAGUCUACACGAAUGAGCACAUUUGUAUCCCGCUGUAACAAAGUAAUUUGAAUUAAGAAUUUUUAGGUUGUGAUUUUUAAAUUAAACUAGUCUUAGAAAGUGUUCCCAAUUUAUAGUCGUAACCACUAAAUACAGUCAUUU